AUGUCGAACAUCCCCACCAAGGCCAAGGCCCUGCAGCUGCAGCGGCCCGCCAGCAAGGAGAAGGGCGCGCGCAACGAGGCCAAGCUGCUCGACGUCGACGUGCCCAAGGAGCAGCAGGGCUGCGUGCUCGUCAAGAUUCAUGCCGCCGGCUUCAACCGUCGUGACGAGUGGAGCAUGCUGGGCGCCUACCCGGGCCUCACCUAUGAGAACAGCACGUUUGGCUGCGACGGCGCCGGCACCAUCGUGCGCGGCAGUUCCUCCUUCAAGCCGUCGCACCCGCAGGGCCUCGUGCUGCUGAACCCGACGCGCGGCUGGGCCUCCGACGCCGCCGGUCCUGAGGCCGAGGUGCCCGGCUCCAAGGAGAGCAAGGCGACCAACGAGUUUGGCGGGCGCGGCUUCGGCCUGCUGGGCGCCACCAAGCCGACGGGCGGCGUGGGCUGCUUCGCCGAGUACGUGCAGGUCGCGGCGGACCAGGUGGUCAAUGUGCCGGCGCACCUGGAUGCGCUGCAGGCUGCCUGCCUGCCGUGUGGAGGCGUGACGGCGUACAGAGCACUCUUCACCAAGGCUCAGCUGGCGCGCGGCCAGACGCUGCUCAUCACGGGCAUCGGCGGCGGCGUGGCGCUGCUGGCUCUGCAGCUCGCCGUGGCGGCAGGCGCUCGUGUCUUCGUCACCGGCGGCAGCGACGCCAAGGUGGCGCGGGCCGUCGAGCUGGGAGCGGUGGGCGGCGCCGUGUACAAGGACGCCAAGUGGCCCGAAACGAUCCGCAAGCUGCUGGCCGAGAAGUGCGCCGAGCGCCCGUACCUCGACGCCAUCGUCGACAGCGCCGGCGGCGAGGUGCCGGCGCAGGCGGCAAAGGCCGGUCUCAAGGCCGGCGGCAAGAUUGUCUGCUUCGGCAUGACGGCCAGCCCCAAGAUGACGGUGACGAUGCGCGAGGUGCUGCGCAACGUCGACAUCUGUGGCUCGACGAUGGGCAGCGCCGCCGAGUUUCGCGCCAUGGUCGAGUUCGUCGGCAAGCACAAGAUCGAGCCCAUCGUCGACACGGUGCUCGAGGGCCUCGAGAAUGCACACAAGGGCUUCGCACUGCUCGCCGACGCCGACAAGCGCUCCGGCGGCAAGGUCGUCGUCAGCGUGGCAAAGGCACAGGCGAAGCUGUGAGGGCCAGCAUGCGAGUUCUACGACCUGAUGCACACAUGUGAUUGUACCAUUCGCUCAGAGACGUGACGGCCGUGACAGAGAGAAGCGGGGUAGCCAGCAGCGAUAGAAAUGUGCGCAGGGCGCU